AUGUCGGGCAACAUCUUCCGAGACAGCUAUGCAGGCCAAGAGCCGCACGAGCAGCAGAACGAUGCAGCUCAAGCUCCAGCCAACCGUCUCAAGAAGAAGAGCUUCAUGAACCUUCCCGGUGGAGGCAAGGCCAUCUUUGCCUUUGCACUCAGCCUGUUCGCCUAUACGCUGCAGACCGAGUUUGCGCAGUACGUGCAGCAGGCGCUCAACUACCGCAAGCCUUUCCUUUCGCUCUACCUCGGCCACAGCGGAUUCCUGCUGCUGUUUCCCAUGCACCUCUUCUUUCUCAAGUGGACCACAAAGCGCCCCAUCACGCACUACCUCCAUCUCAUCGCACAGAAUCUGCGGUGGCAGCUCGACACGGCGCCCUCUUCUUUACCGGACCCGCGGGCCGACGAAGUGCGCCGCAGACUCAGCCGUGCGUCUGGCAGGGGUAGUCAAGCCUUCAGCGACGCCGACCAUGCCGAGCAGGGUGGCAUGAUCCGCCGCAAGGUGUCCUUCCUCGAAGAAACAUUCGGCUUCAACGUCCUUCGUCUUGCCGGUCUCUUCGUCGUGCUCACCAUCGGCAUCACAAUUCCCGCGCUCAGCUGGUACUGCGCAGUGCCCAUGACGUCGAUGGCCGACAUCACCGCCAUCUACAAUACCUUCUCCGUCUGGGCGCUCGUCUUCUCCGUCUGGUUUCUCGGCGAGAAGUGGGAGAAGCGCAAGGUGUUCUCCGUGCUGCUUGCCUGCUUGGGUGUCAUAAUCGUCGCCUACGGGGGCGCGGAUCACCGCAAAGUUCCAAAACCCGUCGAUCCGGUGCAUGGCAAACCGCCUGCAGAUACAGACCCCGCUGUCCGGCUCGUGCACCGCUCCAUCGCUGCGGCGGUGUCACGCGUCUUUACUCGCCGCGAAGCUCCGGCAGAUGUCCCGGUCAGUAGCGCGCACAACCCUGUGUUGGGAGACCUGCUGGCGUUCAUCGGAGCCGUGACCAUGGCGGCGUACGAAAUGGCGUUCAAGCUGAUCGGUACACUUCCGGAUGAAAUCAAGCAAGCAGAGAUGUAUUCGGCCGUUCCCGGCGGGCGCAAUCGCCGCUCGCGCAGCUACGUCCGAUACCAGGACCCGGAGCACGACGACAGCCGGACCGAUUACGAGACCGAGGGGCUUUUGCGCUCGUCGCAGUCCGAGGCACGCGCGACGGACGGCGAUGCACGUGCACUUCACGCCGGCAACGGCGACGGUGCCCAUCAUAUCCUCGGCGAUGACGAGCAAGACGUCACCGAGACCGCCAAGAAGCACGAGCUGGACGAACGGCGGUCCUUGUCUACGCUGGCAGAUAAGCUGAUUAGCCAGGAGCGCCCAGACUAUCAGAGCAUCACGCCGCCGCCGGAGCCAUCAAAUCCGUUCGCGGAAGAAGACGCAAGCAAGAUCGCCAAAGAAACCGCUGACAGGGUGCGAGUGCAUGCCAAGGCGGUGCCGAGCAGCGAGACCAAGCGCCGCGACGACGACGAAGAUAGCCAGGUCACGGAGUCGGAGCUGGACGAGGAAGAGGAGGAGCUUGUGCUUGCCGGCGCCACGCGUUUGCAUCGCACGCGCUCCCACCUCUCGACGCACCAUCUCGCCGACGCCUCGUACGCAGACGGCGACGAGAGCUCGCACAAUGUCUCUGCCGCGCGCAUCUCCACCGACGCGACGCGGCCGGGUGUGAGUCGCCGCAGCUCGACAUAUCGCAAAGUGCACGACCCAUCCAUCCCGCCGCCGCUUCCGUUUGGUCUGCACGCCAACGUCAUGACCGCCGGCAUUGGACUCACCACGUUUACCACGUUCUGGAUCGGAAUCGUUCUGGCGCACCAGCUUGGGUGGGAGACGUUUGAGCUGCCGCACAACCUGCGCACCUACGUCUCGAUUGCCAUGGUGGUGUGGUGCGGCAUCUUUUUCAAUGCGGCGUUCAUGAUCCUGCUCUCGCUGUGGGGACCUGUGCUGGCGUCGGUCAGCUGCCUCAUGACCACGAUCCUGGUCGAGAUCGCCGAUGUGCUGCUCGGACAUCGGCUCAAGUGGAUCAGCGUGCUCGGAUGCACGCUCAUCGGCGCCGGAUUCGCCGUGCUCGUGGGCGGAGACUCGAUCCACUAG